AUGUAUGUUAUGGGCCCCUGCUGCGUUGCGGCGGCCGUGCUCGCGUUAUUGACGCAGCUGUCUGCCGCCUCCGCACGCACAUCCGACGUCGGAGGCAGCCAUUCCGUCGUGACAGAGGAUGCGAUCGGCUGCACUGAGGAACCUACGAGCGCAGGGUGUGGUCCUGGGUCUGUUGCGGCGCAAGCAUCGUUGGAAGACUACGGAAUCACGAAGGAUCCUGCGGCCUUCCGCCGAACCGACCUGCCUACGUUGUCGUCGCUGAUAGCUGCCUAUGGGUGUCAGGCUAUAGCGCUAAAUGCGGUUUUCAUAGCAUUGGCGCUGCUGUCACAGCGGCUGCAGGAGCUACUUGACAUCGAUACCGCUGCCCUGUUUCUAGGCCGGUUAACGGGGUUGCUUACAGUGACUAUCGGCGGCUACGCGGCGUACAAGCUCUCUGAGCAGUUGCUGGAGACCGCACUGUCGGCAUUGUCCUCAGGUUCCGCAUCACGCAGGUGUAAAGAGAUCCUCACGCAUUUGCGGGAGCGUGCCAACCGGUCAAUCACGGCACCGCUGGGCGCAAUCACCGCGGUAGGCAAUGCUGCUAGGACUUGCACGGUGAUUCGGCACGCCGCUAAGGGGCUGGCGCCGCUAAUGCCACGCGUCUCGCCUCUGGCUACAGUCAUGCGUGACAUAAGUGGUAUUAAAUACACCGGUGCCACCGUUCCGUCGUGGCUUUCGUGUUCAGACACGAGUGUCAAGGAGGCUGCGGUGAUCGCGGCUUACUGCAUAUCGACGUUCUUCCUGCUGGGAGGCAGCCUGCACUCAUUCACCCCGAGCGAUGUUACACAUCCCGGUGCUUUCGCCGUACCUAGCACGUCGCUACUGGCGGAAGGGUAUACAUACGCGAACAGAAGACAGAAGCGCGUCAUACAGGAACUCGGUCGCGCCUACGGCUGCCAUACCUGCGGCCGGUCCUCGGCUUCUGGCCAAUACAUCGCCGACCACCAGCCGCCAUCGGGGGUUGUAAAACGCCGACUUCGGCGACCGUUGGUGAAGUUCCUAGUGGAUCACCACAUAGUGCCGCUAUCGUUGGUGCGGCCCAGACAAUACUUCUACCCGCAAUGCCCGGCGUGCUCAGCAGAGCAGUCGAAUGCAGUUCGAACUAAUAGGAAAAAGGUUGUUACACACUACGGUGUGUUUAGGCCGUACUACCUCUGUGCAAGCGGAUAUCUCGUCGGCAGGUAA